ACGGCUGUACUCUAGCCUGGCAACACUUGCAUUCGCAUGUUUGCUUGCCGUAGCUGGUGAACGCUCUGUUGUAUCGUCAUUGUUGUUUUAUCAUUAAUUUUAUCUGGCUCUUCAUUGUUUGGCGAUAGUGAUUUUGUAAUUGGAAAACUCCGGAUUUAAAAAUGGCUCUCGGAAUGGGGAUGUCGUGUGUUAAAUACCUGCUUAUAGCAUUCAACCUGCUGUUUGCGAUCACUGGGCUGAUCAUCUUCAUAGUGGGCAUCAAGGCGGAGAUGCGCCUGUCUCCGUACAUUGACUUCACCGAUGGGCACUUCUGGUCUUCAGCUCCGGUGGUUCAGAUCAUUGUUGGAGUUGUGAUCUUCAUUGUGGCCUUCCUGGGAUGCUGUGGUGCCUUUAACGAGAACCACUGCAUGAUUAUUACGUUUGCGGUGCUCCUCCUGGCGACGUUCAUCGCCGAGCUGGCCGUCGGCAUCGCUGGCUACGCCAACCACACCAACCUGGAGCAGUCCAUCGUGCGCCACCUCAACGAGAGCCUCAAGGAAUACCCCACCAACAAGGAUGUGCAGCGCAGCUGGGACAUCAUGCAGACUGACCUGUUCUGCUGCGGCGUAUUCGGCCCCAAGGACUGGUCCAACAACACCCUGCCCGUCCCCGACUCCUGCUGCAGCGCCCGAGAGGUCACCAACGGAGCCGCCGCCGCCUGCAACAUAGACUCUGCUGACAUCCACACUGGCGGCUGCCUGCCCAAGAUGCUGGACAUCUUGAGGGACAAUGCUUAUCUCAUUGGUGGAGUGGGCCUGGGCAUCGCUUUUGUACCGCUGCUCGGAGUGAUCUUCGCUUGCUGCCUCGCUCGCUCUAUCCGCAGUCAGUACGAAACCGUCUAAGCCAGCUUUACUAUUUUACCCACGUUACCAGUACGAGACCUUU